AUGGAUUUAGUUUCUGAAUCAACAAACCCCCCCAUGACCCCAACCACAAAUCUAGUAACAACUACAACCACAGCCAUAUCAUCACCGUCUUCAACCACUCCAAGCCGUUACGAGAACCAAAAGAGGCGAGACUGGAACACGUUCUGUCAGUACCUCAGAAACCACCGUCCACCACUCUCUCUUGCCAUGUGUAGCGGUGCUCAUGUUCUGGAAUUUCUUCACUACCUUGACCAGUUUGGAAAGACCAAAGUUCACAACCACCCUUGCCCUUUCUUUGGUCUCCCGAACCCACCUGCUCCAUGUCCAUGCCCACUCCGUCAGGCAUGGGGUAGCCUCGACGCGCUCAUAGGUCGCCUCCGUGCCGCUUAUGAAGAGAACGGUGGCAGACCCGAGACUAACCCUUUUGGUGCACGAGCUGUGAGGAUUUACUUGCGAGAUGUUCGUGAUUAUCAGGCAAAAGCAAGAGGUGUUAGCUACGAAAAGAAAAGGAAGAGGCCAAAGUCCAAGAUGACUGCUAGUGCUAGUGCUAGUGCUACUGCUACUGCAGCAACCACUGCUACUUAG